AUGCCGGUCAUCUUGCUUUUCGGUUGUGAUGGUGGCCAUGGAGCCGUCAAGCCUUCGGAACCUCGGAAAACAGCACUUUCAAAAGGGCCUCUCUCUUCUAAUUACAAGCAGUUAAUGGAUUGCAAGCGCAGAUCCGGCUACAUGGGACGUUCACCUCCACUGAGCGAUGUGGGCCGCAGUGGAAUGUCUUUUGAUGUCUCGCGGUUUGUUCAAUCUCAAGCUCAGAAGUCUACUGGUCCACGGUUGCGGCUCAGUAUCUUGCGGCAUUUCUCGCACAUUAUCAAGAAUGAAGGAUUUGGAGCUCUCUACAAAGGAUUAAUUCCAAAUCUUGUUGGCGUUGCUCCUUCGAAAGCUGUGUACUUCUACUCGUACUCGAGCAGCAAGCGUUUAUGGAAUGAGUCUGAAAUAUUCGUGCCAAACAGUGCAAUUGUACACAUGGUGAGCGCUGGUUCAGCAGGUUUCGUAGCUGCAUCUGUUGUCAAUCCUAUUUGGUUGGUCAAGACAAGGUUACAAUUAUAUCACGGGAAAUGUGGCAUAAUGCAAAUGAUCCGCAGAGUAUAUAGAAGAGAGGGAAUACGUGGAUUUUAUAAGGGUGUCACUGCUUCAUAUGCGGGUGUAUCAGAGACGAUGAUACAAUUUGUUAUAUAUGAACAUUUGCGUGGUUAUCUUCUCCGACACCAUGAUGAUGAAGAUGACAAAGGAAAGAUGGACUUCUUGAAUUUCAUGGUCGCCGGAGGAUGUGCUAAAUUUAUCGCAUGCGUCAUCGCAUAUCCGCACGAAGUCGUUCGGACCAGACUUCGUGAGGAGUCUUCUUUGAAACGAGGAUUCUUUCGCACGUUAUAUGAUCUGUACCAAGAAGGUGGGCGUGCCAUGUACCGUGGUUUAUCUGUGCAGCUGAUGCGUACAGUGCCAAAUACUGCAAUCACUAUGGGCACAUAUGAAGUCGUCAUAUAUAUGCUGCAUCAGCUGUAAGCAAUGGAUGCGCUGCUGUUCGCUGGUGAUGGUAUCAUGAUUUCUUAUCUGUACAGCCAUUUCUCAAUUUUUUUGUUCAAGUCUCUCAUAACUUUUCACUGCA